UACAAGUUUAUGAUUAAAUAUUUACGAAACGAUACUAUGAAAAUUAUUAAAAUUUCUGUUACUGUUGCAGAUCGAGGGAGAGGCUCGACCGCCGGUUGCGGCGCAUCAGGCGAGGUAGUUCGCGCGCGCCGGACUCUCGCCGUCGGAACUAGCGGAGCAUGCCGCGGGGCAAUGCGCCGCCUGGGUAAUUCACCAGCGAGCGAACUCGGUAUAUAGGAGUGCUGCAUGGGAGCACUUGAGAGACUGCUUUCGCCUUCCAUAAUACUUGGCUCGAUAGAGCAGAGUUGUGACCUUGAACGCCACAAGUUCUUUCGAGCGGAGGACCGAAAGAUAUAUCCGCGGAGCACCACGAUGUGGCUCGAUAGCUCUUCACGCUCGAAAACUGUGAGAAAGGCCGGGAUUGGUCGUAUGGCCCGAUCGAAGGUCAUCAGUAGAGUAAAAACUGCCGUUGAGGAGAGUCGCCGACGGCGGGGAAGCUUUCUUCGCGAACUGGAAGUCCAGGGAGAAGUUCGGAUCAGCCCGGUAUCCAUCGUUAGCCAUGUGGGUCGUUGGGGGGAUCCCAUGCAUCGGGCCACUACCGACCGUCGGCAUAGUGGGUCGCGAACGCAGGGGUCGGUCGCAUCGGAUGACAGCCGACAUUUGUCAGCAACGUGGGUCGCUGACGGCCGAAGCGUGCGAGACCGUCAUUGGAGGCACGAUACCCUGUAUCGGAGCGUCGUGUGGCCUCUCAGUCUAAUAUCUAUUACUAACAAUAUGAUUAUAAGUUAUUUUUCCUUAUUGUUAUUUUUGUUAUGUGAAGGCAAGAGAAAGGGGGAGGUAAUAUCAAAUGUCACAUAAUAACGGAAAGAAGUCUAAAUAUUUUAUACGAACUGUGACGAAAAAAAAGGGAAAAACAUUUAAAUUUGGCGUGACGUAAUUUUUGA